AUGUGCAACCCAAAACCUUCUUCUCCAUCCUCUUUCCUCCCUCCUAAGAAAACCCAUUUCAUGGAUCCCCACAAAACCAUGGAUCUUCCCUCAGAUGUGCAAAAACAACUACAUAGAUGGCCUACUCCUUCUGAGGUGGUGGAGGAAGUCAAAGCUAUAGGGAAGAUCUCAGGACCAACAGCAAUAACUGGUCUACUUAUGUAUUCAAGAAGCAUGAUUUCAAUGCUCUUUCUUGGCUAUCUUGGAGAGCUUGAGCUCGCCGGAGGGUCGCUCGCGAUCGGUUUCGCUAACAUCACCGGUUACUCUGUGAUCUCUGGAUUAGCUAUGGGAAUGGAGCCAAUUUGUGGACAAGCUUAUGGAGCAAAACAAAUGAAACUACUAGGAUUAACCCUUCAAAGGACAGUUCUUCUCCUCCUAUCCACAUCUAUUCCCAUUUCUUUCAUGUGGCUUAACAUGAAUAGAAUCCUCUUGUGGUGUGGUCAAGACCAAGAAAUAUCAAAUAUUGCUCACACUUUCAUCUUAUUCUCAAUCCCUGACUUGUUUUUUCUUUCAAUUCUUCACCCACUUAGAGUCUACCUUAGGACACAAAGCAUUAUAUUGCCUUUGACUUGUUGUUCUGCCAUCUCUGUUCUUCUUCAUGUCCCACUCAAUUUCCUUCUUGUAGUCCAUUUCAAAUUAGGCAUUGCUGGUGUUGCAAUUGCCACGGUUUGGACUAAUCUCAAUCUCAUUCUUUUACUGAUUUCCUACGUCUACUUCUCCGGCGUAUAUAAAGAUUCGCUGGUUAGUCCCAGCGCGGAUUGCCUUAAAGGGUGGUCAUCUCUGCUCGCUCUCGCAGUGCCAACGUGUGUUUCUGUUUGCCUGGAAUGGUGGUGGUAUGAAUUCAUGAUCCUCCUUUGUGGACUGCUAGUCAACCCUAAAGCUACCAUUGCUUCCAUGGGAAUACUAAUUCAAACCACCUCUUUAGUCUAUGUCUUCCCUUCAGCACUAAGUCAAGGUGUAUCAACAAGAGUUGGGAACGAAUUAGGCGCUACUCGCCCCGCCAAGGCCCGCAUUUCAAUGAUCGUUUCUCUGGCUUGCGCGGUCGGAUUAGGCCUAGUUGCUAUGUUGUUCACAACACUAAUGAGGCACAAAUGGGCUACAUUUUUCACAAAUGAUCCAGAAAUCCUUGAGCUAACUGCCAUUGCAUUGCCAAUCGCCGGACUCUGUGAGCUCGGAAACUGCCCUCAGACGACCGGGUGUGGGGUUCUGAGAGGAAGUGCAAGGCCUACAAUUGGAGCUAACAUCAAUUUGGGAUCAUUUUACUUGGUGGGUAUGCCAGUUGCAAUGUUCAUGGGGUUUGUGGUCAAAAUGGGAUUUCCAGGGCUAUGGCUUGGAUUGUUAGCAGCUCAAGGUUGCUGUGCUUUGCUUAUGCUUGUUGUUCUAUUCAGAACAGACUGGAUUGUUCAAGUGGAGAGAGCCAAAGAACUUACACAAACCAAUUCUUCUACUACUUCUUCUUCUUCUUCUCCAAUACUCCCAAUAACAUCAACAAAAGCUUCUACUACCAAUGUGGAGGAGAUAAUGUGCAUUAGUGAUGAGGUUGGGAAGUCACUUGAAACAGUCCCCUUGAUAUCUACUACACAAAGUACUACUGUGCAUUGAUUAGAGUUCAUGACUUAUCCCCCAUUUUUACUGAUCAUUAAUUAUAUAUUUAUAUUUCCCACUUGU